UUUCCCUUAUCUCUUCCCCCCAGUCCCCUCCUCGGAAGUAGACGUAGCUGUCUAUUCCGUUCUUUUAUUUUUGUACAUUUUUUACCCCUUUUCCCCAACACUUAGCACCAUGGCUGCCAAGAUGGACGAUUAAACCGAAGAACGGGUCCCCGAUUUCACCCCCAAAUUAUCCUUGAACCGAUCGGACCGGAUGAAAUCCAACUGUGGGUUACGCCGCUUCGCAGGGGAGGUAGCUGUAUCCAGUGGGGAGGUAGGCUCAUCCAGGGGAGGUCAGAAUGAAGUUCAUCGACCCCUGGGGACGCCAGAGGCUGUCUUUUCUUCUGGAAAAGGCCGCCUCUAGGGAAGCCAAGAUGUGGAGGGGCUACGUGCAAAAGAAACCCUCCUCACAGGAUACAGACAUCUCCCCGGCCCAGCGGGACGAGGCCGUGCGCUGGUUGACGGAGCUCCACGGCAGGCUGCAGCUGUACCCAGAGACCCUGGUGUUAGCUGUUAGCAUCCUGGACCGCUUCCUCGCUCCCAUCAAGGCCCGUCCAAAGUACCUCCGCUGCAUCGCCAUCGCCUCCUUCUUCCUGGCUGCCAAGACCUGUGAGGAAGAUGAGUGUGUGCCCUCUCUGAAGGAGCUGGUUGACUCCAGCAGCUGUGGCUGUUCUUCUGCAGAGAUCCUGAGGAUGGAGCGUCUCAUCCUGGACAAACUGAACUGGGAUCUGCACACCGCCACAGCACUGGACUUCCUGCACAUUUUCCAUGCGAUGGUGUUGUCGUGUCGUUCUGGGUUUUUGGACUCCAUGUUGGGACUGAACCGCUCUCAGCACCUCUCCAUGCUCACACGACGGCUCUACCAGUGUCUGUCCGACCACACACUCAUACAGCUGAGAGGAUCUAUGCUGGCCUUGGCCCUCAUCACACUGGAGCUGGAGACCUGCUGUCCUGACUGGCUGGCUCUCACCAUCGACCUGCUGAAUAAGGCACAGAUCGACAGCUCUGAGUUGAUUCGAAGCCGAGAGCUGGUGGCUCGUAGUCUGUCCACACCAAAGGCUUCCCUGCCUCCAAACACUGUCUACAUCUACCAACCCCUGCAGAGCCCGACCACCCUGCAGCCUCCGGACCAGGACCCCACACUCCUCUGCUGCAUACUGGGGAUCAGGAACUCCACCGCCGAGUCUUCCAGGGACCACGCCCUCGUCACCGCUGUUCCUCAGGAGCAAAUAACACCUGGCUCCUCCACUGACAUCCCAGCGCUGCUCUCUCCACCCAAAAACCUCCGCCAUCUUAACCACCUGCAGAAGGUCACACUGCGCUGCAAAUCCUCCUCCAAACGCAAGGUGGAGGAGAUGGAGGUAGAUGACUUCUUCGACGGCAUCAAACGACUUUACAAUGAAGACAUUACCACCGCAGCCGUCCAGGAGGUGGCGACACCUGCAACGGGGGCGAUAGCAACAGGAUGUGGAGAAGGAGAAGGAGGAGGUCUGGGUGUCUGCAGUGUCCUGUUGUCCAGACAGGAAGGCAGCUGUUCCCCCUGCCCGCCUCUGCAGCCAGUCAGUGCCUCCUAGAGACCAAACCGGAACCAAAACCGCCUUCACACACGCUCGCCAUCUUUAUUUUUCACUUUCUAAUUUGAGUCCACAAACGAGGCAACAGUGAUGGGCAACUCCCCCAGCAACAAAUGAAAGAGAAAGCUCGUAUUCAGUGUUCUCAUUUGCAUUAAAGCAAUAUAAAGGCAGCUCCUCUGGACAGGUUGCCCAUCAGAGGUUGUCAGAGAAAAGUGUGGUACAUGAAGAAAACUUUCACGUUGUCAUACAAAGUGGGCGGUGAUAAAGACGGUUUCAGUGGUGAAGACGGUUUUGGUUUCAGUACAAACGACCCCGAGCUGCUCAGCCGUCCCGAGGUCAGCCGCCAUUGUCCCCCUCAGCCAGGAAAAACAGAGCCCAAAAAAAGUUUAAACAUUUAAAAACGAAAAAAUGUGCUGCUGCUACUAUCUUAAUAAUUAUAUUUGUCAAACACAAAUACAAUAUUACAAAAAUGUUAAAAAAAAAAAAAAAAAAUC